CUGAAAGAAAGUCUGUCUGCCACCAAACUGAUCUUGGUGUUUUCCGUCGUCGCUAUUUUUGGUUAGCCCAAGCUCACCCCCGGUCGCCGCCUGCGCUGUGCUGGACGAGGAUUGGCCUGAGUGUCUACUGAUCGCCAGCCGGCGCAGGAGGCGAAUGCAGCCAUGCAGAGGCCAUGGAGGAGUUGAUGUAACCGUUCCCAGGUAGGGUAGUAGUGUGGUAAGUACGUGUGCGUGUUGAGGAGGCGGACAGCGUUGGUGUCUUGGAGUCUUGGAUGUCGUGCUGCCUUCUGGUCUCUUUUUGUUUUCAAUCUGCCGCGGCCAGAUUCGACAAAGAGCACAGCACAGCGCACACUCACUCAUACUCUCUCUGCCAGGCCCGUUCAUUUCCCACUCUGCGUUCUGCGGCCCGCCCUUGUCGACGCUGCUUACGUUCAACCUCGCGCCUCGCCCUCGACAGCACCCGACUGGCUGGCUUCCCGCCUUGGUCGACUGGGUUCCUCGGCCAGGGCUGCCGGCCCCAUCUCCACCCGCCGUCGCUUCUGGCUUCUUUUUCGUGACGCUGUGACAUCAAAGAGGGUCCAAUCUCGUCAGCCGCCACAGUUUGGAACGGUCCCUGCCGCCGUGCCAGUCCCUGGGGCCCGCCGACUACCUACUGAAUAAGAAGUAGUAGCGCCCGCUGGGACCUGGGACCUCCCUCCAAUCCACCGGCCUGUUUACCGAGUAUACACAGCAGGGCUUUGUUUGUUUGAUGGAUAAGGCUGGGUCCGCAUAAGCUGGGUCCGCAAAAGUACCCCCGGCUUGGGAGCUGUCAACGCCAGCCUGUGCUGGGUGGUAUCUAGCCUGGUGAUACCGGUCUGACCGACUUCUGGACGCUUGGAGGGAGAGAGGCGCUUGACUGUUGGCUCUGCGUCUUUGGCGCGCCUCAUGGUGAUACAGACCAUCCAUACCAGGCCUCUUCGGGCCCUCAUCAUUUGAAGCCUGCCCUUUUCCCGCCCGCGCCCAGCAUCCGGGUUCUCUCCCCCCUUGCCUAGUCCCUCCUGCCCGUCAUCCCCGCAAAACAAGCACGUCCAAACGCCAACACACGCUCACAUACCUACCCACGCACCUGCCUACCUCCUACAUCACAUACGUGCCCACAGACACACAUGCCGCAUACAAAGCGACAUACCAAAUCCCAUCCACAAAAAUAGUCCCAAAACCACUCGAGACACCGCCAGCACAGGCCCUUGCUCCUUGCUUGGGCUUCAUUCCUGUCGCCGGCCAGCUGGCACUCCCCCAAGGCCCAGACCAUCGUGUCCCUCUUUGCCAUUCCUCCGCCACGGUCCUAGCCCUGAGCCUUCGGGAUGGCUUGCGCCCCCCACACGGCACCCCAUCAGCUACGCACGAGUGGAAUGCCCUUGGGGCCGACCCUCUGCACUACGGACCGAUAAAGGCUACGGGGCCGCCGAGGCGAGCGCCGCUCUCUUGGUCUCGUGGUGGAGCCCAUCCGUGGUGCCGCCUCCCUAGCUCCCGCGCUGUACGGCCGUACCAGCGACCUAGUCAGUCACCCGCCAGCCUUCCAUGUCGUGCGCUUCCGUGCGCUUAGCCACCCCUUCGUGGCCCCUAUCAUGACCAUGCAGUUGUCCUCCGCCCUCGCUCCGCCCUCGUCGGCCCCGGCUGCCGCGCCACAGCCGGUGCAGGUGCAGGCACAAGCUCAUACCCAUGCCCACGCCCACGCCUACGCCCACGCCCCCUCUUAUGCGAGGUCGGUGCUGCCACCCAGGAAUGUCCGUGAGGACACCAUCGAGGACGCCUACGUGCAAUUCAUACUAUGCUGCAAUCCCGCCGUGCCUCACGAUACCGACACCACUGGCCUGAAGGAUGCCUUCCGUGUCCCACCCAAGAGCGAGGGCAAGACCUUUAGCACCUUUCAUCUCUACCAGCUCAUUGGCCAGCUCACACAAAAGGAGGAGAUCAAGACCUGGGGAGACCUGGCCCUCCGCCUCGGCGUCGAGCCGCCCAACCACGAAAAGAACCAGAGCACACAGAAGAUCCAGCAGUAUGCCGUCCGCCUGAAGCGCUGGAUGAAGUCGAUGCAUAUCGAUGCCUUUUUUGACUACCUUUACAACAACCCCCACCCCUACUGGACCCAAAUCCCCCACGAGCACAUUCCGAUCGAGGAGAUCGUCAGGGAUGGCGUUGCGCCCGAGGACGAUAUGGCCUUGCGCGCCCUGCUCCCCCACAUCCGGCCCCGGAGAGGGCGUCGGACGAGGGAGGAUGACGAGGCGGCUAGGCCGUCCUCAUCCAAGGUGGCGAGGCUCGACUCGCCUCCGGCGCCCGAGUGCGCCGCUGGCGGUCGGACCGAUCUGUUGGAACCCUGGGCCGCCGGCUCCGAAGGCAGAAACUCGGCGCACCAGGGCCUCGGCGCCCCGUCGACAAGUCACCCAUGGGCUCCCGACGCGUCUCAGACGCCGUUUACGGCACACCCACAGUCCGCAAUCACACCGUCCACAAGAGCUGACUUCUGGGCGGACGAGCCGAGGUCGGCCAUGACGCCAAAUAAAUCAAGCAGGGGCCACAAACGCCACGGCCCCAAGGUGGUCUCCUCAGCAUGGAGAAGUGGCCAGGCCAGCAGCGGCAAGACUCGCGGCCGGCCACCGAUAAACCGCGCCUCUAACGAAGGUCCAUUUUCGGCCUACCCUGCUGACGGGUCGACAAUGUCUGCCUUCCGCCCAAGUCCCCCCGACACAGCCGUCAUGCCCGUGACACCAACCACAGCACCAAGCUGGGCUGCCAGCAGUAGUUCCGGCGGCAACUCCACCAUGGCUGUCGCGGAUGUCAUGACAACACUCCAGCAGCAGCCUCAACAACAGCUUAGACAACACCCCCAACUCCAACACGAGAUCCAGGCCCAGCCCCAGGCCCAGGCUCAGCCCCAACUCCAACAACAACACCAAUAUAACCCCCACAGCCAGCAACAGCGGCAGCAGCGUUACCCGACGCCACCCGCUCUGCCUUCGUUGAACGCGGCGCUAUCAUUGCAAGAGCAACAGCCUCAGUCAUUCCAAGGAGAGCGGCCGUCAAAACCGAAGGGUCUGUCGUUGCAGGUGCCCGAGAGGGUCGGCGGCGAGAUCCGGCUGGCGACUCCGCCCCCAGUCGUCAUGGUCAACGGGCUGGCGAUGCCCAUGGCAAGCGCCCCGGCAUCAACCCCGCCACUGUCAGCGGAUCGCCGACUAGACGGUGGGGUGCCGAGCGGAGAUGUGCCCCAGACUGUGGUGCAAGACAGAGCUCCCGAACCUUUUGAUUAUGGAAAUCCCAGGUCGAAUCCGAACGGACAACUUACCGACUUACCACCACCUAUUCAGAUGCCCGAGGAGCCGGGCCCAAAGCAAAAGGUGAACUACCUAGAUUCUUCGGACCGGACGAAUGUUGAGGCGUUGCAGGGGUUUUUUAUGCAUGAGAUCAUGACGGGCAACUGGGUCGACAAGAACGGCAACAAGCUGCCGGCCGGGGGUGCCGACGAGGCGGCCGCCAUCGUGGCGACUGUCAUCGAGACCCUGCAGAAGGAGGCGCCGAACGAAAAGACGUUCCUGCUCAACGCGUCGGCCCUCGCCGGCGGUAAGCUGCUGAUGACGACAACGUCACUCAAGAUCACCGUCAUCGAGGUGCUCGAAGACCGGACCGAAUACUCCUGCGAAUGGCAGUUGCAGCUGGGCUCCUGCAAGGGCCUAUAUAAGAUGACCGAGGUCGUCUAUCACGCAAAGUGGAAGCUGCCACCACCAGGCAGCCUCGGGCUCAUCAACCGCCACGACGCCAAUGUCGCCGCGGCCGCGAAGCCCUCCCCGCCGGCGCCGGCCAAGGCUCCGAGCGAGGGGGCCAGCAGCAUCGCCACCGCCAGCACCGACACCGUCGUCAACAAGAGCAGCAUAGCUAGGCCCGCUGGUGUCGGUGUCGGCGAUGAGUCCCUGUCCGGUCAACCUGGUGUCCCCAUCGGAUCCGGCACCGCGGCCCAGACCGACGGGGGCUCGGUCGAGCACUGGAAGGAGAAGUGCCGCAAGCUCACUGAGCUGCUGGACAGUCGCAAGACUGAGCAUCCGGCGGACCACUGGAGGAACAUGUACCUCGAGCUCGCCGAGAUGUACAAGAGCAAGGACCUGGAGCUGGCGCGCUUCCAGUCCCGCAUCAUGGAGGCCAUGAGAGAUCCCCGCCUCGACCGUGAAUGAUGCAUUCUCUUUCCAUCCACUUUUUCUUGCCACACCAAGUCCUGUAUCUGGCGAGGUCAAACCAUCUUCUCCUUGUCCGGAUCCGUCUCGCCAUCCCGUUGCUGAUACACCUAUCUAAGCUUCUUGCUAAUGGUCUGGUUAAUGACUAUGACUACGAGGGGAACUAGAUAGAAUUCUUUUGGUAUUGUUUUACCGACUUUGCCUCCAACCGGUUUUCCCUGUUUGUGUCGUUAAUGUUGGCUGUACAACAGCCAGUAGACCAAUGAAGGGUUGCGACAAAAGACAGGGCCCAAAAGCAUGAAAGAUACCACCGCUCCGGAACCCAGAACGGCAGAGAAGGCUGGGUUGUUCUGCAGUUUCUUGUUUAUCGCCUCUCUACUUAACCACCACUGUAUUUUUCCUCCCUUAUAACUCAACGAAUAAUGAACAUGCAUGAACGCGUGAUAAACGAAGCGAUUAAAAAAAGAGAAAAGGCAACGAAAAAAAAAGAAUGUCAAGGAAGCCCGGGAUCCAAGCCUGGGGCAGGGUCCCGCGGACCCUCCUGGUUCGAGCCCGGGGCACCCCCCGGGAUUAGGAGCAGACAGGUCAGACCAACCUUAUAA